ACCUUUUCAAAAAGCAACGCUAAUGGCCACUCUUUAGAUUCUUCUUCUCCUUAUUCCUCUUCUCCUUCUUCUUCUUCCUCUCCUUCUUCUUCUUCUUCUUCUGUUCUUCUUGUUGUAAUUCUUCAACUUCAAUCCUGUCUUGUCUCUUUCUCUCUCGCUCUUUUUUUUUUUGCUUACCUGCAACCGGCUUAAGCUGUGGUAACUCCUUUUAAUUAAUCACUCUUUUGUUUCGGUUAUUACUCUUAUUCUUAAUGGCCUUACCAGUGUGUUGCUCACUGAGAAACCACCAAUUUUCAGCAUGACAAAGAUAAGUCCUGAAGUUGAAAUCAGGAUGCCAAUGGAGGCAUUUCCACCAGUUUCAGCUGAUGUGAGCUUUAUUUCUAAUAGUUUUCCGAAAUACAAACUGGAUGUUGAUAAUCAAGUUCUGGAAGAGCCAGUUGAGGAUAACCUGGGUCCUUCUUUGAAGGAUGUUAUUGAACAAGAAGCUUUCAAUUUGUCAGACCAACACAAGCGUAUCUCAGUUCGUGACCUUGCCAGUAAAUUUGACAAGAACUUGGCUGCAGCUGCUAAGUUGUCUAAUGAGGCAAAGCUGAGAGAGGUGGCAUCUUUGGAGGGACAUGUUCUUUUGAAAAAGCUAAGAGAUGCAUUAGAAUCUUUAAGAGGACGUUUUGCAGGAAUAAACAAAGAGGAUGUGGAGAAAGCUAUCUCUAUGGUGGAAGCUUUAGCAGUUAAGUUAACUCAAAACGAAGGUGAAUUGAUUCAAGAGAAGUUUGAAGUGAAGAAGCUUGUAAACUUUCUCAAACAGGCUUCUGAAGAUGCUAAAAAGUUGGUUAAUCAAGAGAAGUCUUUUGCUUGUGCCGAAAUUGAAAGUGCUAGAGCUGUGGUGCUGAGAAUUGGGGAGGCGCUUGAAGAACAAGAAAAAGCUUCCCAAGCUUCUAAACCACAGGAUGUGGAUGGACUAAUUGAAGAAGUUCAAGAAGCUAGAAGAAUCAAAUUGUUGCAUCAGCCAAGCAAGGUGAUGGCCAUGGAAUAUGAACUACGUGCUCUUAGGGAUCAAAUUCGAGAGAAAUCUAUAUUUUCAAUUAAGCUUCAGAAAGAGCUAACCAUGAGCAAGAGGGAUGAGGAAAAUAAAUCUCGUUUAUACAUGUUAGAUGGUUCUGAAGCUUUGGGUUCAUAUCUGCGAGUCCAGCCUUGCUCAGCUGAAGUGCCACAGGUUUCGAAAUGUUCAUUUCAGUGGUAUCGCUUGUCUUCUGAAGGCAGCUGGAGGGAAGUUAUUUCAGGUGCCAACAAAACAAUAUAUGCUCCUGACCCCUCUGAUGUUGGGAGAAUCUUACAAGUAGAUAUUGUCUCAAAUGGGAAAAAACUUACCCUAACAACUGAUCCCAUUCAAACUGUUUCAGGACUUGGAAGCCAUGUGGAGACACUUCUACGAAAAUCUAAUACCGAUUUUAAUGUAGUUAUUUCUCAAAUGAAUGGAAAAGAUCACUCUUCACAUUCUACUCAUUCAUUUAAUGUGGGGAGAAUGAGGAUAAAGCUAUGCAGAGGUUGGAUUACAAAAGCAAGAGAGAUUUACUCCCCAUCAAUGCAGCUAUGUGGAGUUAGAAGUGAUAUCGCUAAUGCAGCGAAGGCGUUGUUUUGGCAAGCAAGAAAGGGCCUCUCAUUUGUAUUAACCUUUGAAUCAGAGAGAGACAGAAAUGCAGCCAUUAUGGUUGCCAGGAAAUAUGCUCUUGAUUGCAAUGUCGUGCUCGCUGGGCCAGAUGAUCUAGUGUAGGAGCAAAAUUUAACUGACUGAGUUUUUCCAUCAAACGUGAGAUUUAUCAGAUUCUUGGUGUGAGUAUACAUGUGUGCUUGUUUUGUUAAAGAUAUGAUUUCAUCUUUGUGAUUGGGUUUCACUAAUUGAGUUGCAUUGUUUUAGGCAUGUUUUUUAUUUGCCUAAUCAUGUUGUACCAAACUCAACUUUUUAUAAUUAUUAGUUCAUUUGUUCAUUGUGGCUAAUUUGCAUGUGCUAGUUGUUUCGUAAUGUAAAGCACAUCCGAAACAAGGUAUAUACCAAAAUUUCUUAAUGAUUAUCGGCUCGUAAAUUUACUGAUUAA